GGUACCGCCACCUCGCUGUCCAGGACUGGGAUAAGGUUGACAACCCAGAAAAUCCAUGAAAGGUGUCAGUGCUGACUGCACUGACCUAGUGAAAUUCCUGAUCCUGCGGGGCUCCUGGGUGAACCAGAAGGGCCACUACGGUCGCUGUCCCCUCCACAAGGCCUCGGGGCUGGGCAAAGCGGCGCUGGUGACUCUGCUGCUGCAGGCCGGAGCACAGCCAGACCCUCGCUGCAACUUAGGCCUCAUGCCGCUGACACUGGCCGCUCAGGGAGGACACAUGGAGGGGAUGAAGAUUCUACUGAGUAGAGGGACGGACAUCCAGUCCCAGGGACAGGACAAAGAAUCCAUCUUGUACGAGGCAUCUUUGUCUGGAGAUCCAUCUGUCAUACGUCAUUUGCUGGACAACGGCGCCGACGCCAACAUCAUCCAACAUACAGGACGCAUGCCGAUUCACAGUGUUGCACGCCAAGGAUACCUGGAAGCUCUGAAGUUGCUGAUUCCAGUCACUUCUAUCAAAGAAGUAAAUAACAGUGGGAUGAGUCCUCUACACUCUGCUGCUGCAGGAGGACACCCACACUGCAUCAAGGCCUUGCUGGAUGCAGGUUAUGACCCAAACUAUAUGCUCCAUCCCUGGGUUCAACGUAGCUAUGACGACGAGAGGAAGUCUGCGCUCUUCUUCGCAGUCUCCAAUAAUGACGUGCCAUCAGCCAAACUGCUGCUGGAGGGCGGGGCCAUGGCCAACCAAGACCCAAUCAAAUGUCUUCAGGUUGCACUGCGUUUGGGAAACUAUGAGCUGAUUGAUCUGUUGCUGAGGUUUGGAGCCAACGUCAACUAUUACUGCAAAGUAAACACAACACACUUCCCUUCCGCUCUGCAGUACGCGCUCAAAGACGAGGUGGUCCUCAGGAUGCUGUGUAACUAUGGUUAUGAUGUGGGGCGCUGCUUUGACUGUCCCUAUGGCAGCGGCUCCCACAUCCCUGAAGGCUAUGAGGGAUGGACCAACUCUGUGAUCAAAGACAGCUUGUUCUGUGAGGUGAUCACUGUCUCCUGGCUGAAGCACCUCUCAGGUCAGAUGGUUCGCAUCCUGUUGGACUACGUGGAUCAUGUGACUUUGUGCUCCAAGCUGAAGGCGGCUGUGAUGGAACAGAAGCAGUGGCCCGACAUCUGUAGGCUGCAAGAGAACGUCCGUUGUCUGCAGCAUCUCUGUCGUCUGCGGAUACGUUGUUGUCUUGGUCGCCGGCGUCUCCGGUUGCCCUUCUUCAUGAGCUUCCUGCCAUUGCCUGGGCGACUGAAGGACUACAUCCUGUACCGGGAGUACGAUCUGUACGGCCGGCAGAGCAACUGCACAGCAGCAAGUCAGGAACAUGGUUCUUCCAAGGUUACCUGCAAGGUAACAUGUGCCAUCAUCAUUGCUUUGCACACAGAGAGCUUCACAGGCAAAAGAAUUGCUGCUAGUAAGAUGCACCUAAAUCAAUCAUUUAUCAGAUCAUCGAGAACUUCAAAGAGUAAGGUUCAGUUGUUAUAAAGAAGGCUUCAGGGCACCCCAGAAAGUCCAGCAAACGCCAGGACCGUCUUCUAAAGUUGAUUCAGAUGCAGGAUUACACACCACCAGUGCAGAGGAAUGUCAGCAGGCAAGGCAGGUGUGAGUGCAUCUACACACGCAGUGAGGCGAAGACUUUUGGAGGAUGGCCUGGUGUCAAGAAGGGCAGGAAAGAAGCCACUUCUCUCCUGGAAAAACAUCAGGGACAGACUGGUAUUCUGCAAAAGGUACAGGUACCUUCCGAUUGUUUGGGGCAACCGGAAUAAAGCUUGUCCGGAGAAGACAAGGUUAGCGCUAGCAUCAGUCCUGUGUCAUACCGACAGUAAAGCAUCCUGAGACUUCAAAUCACAUCACAAAAUGAGCCAUUAAAAUACAUUUUCAAAACUACAAACACCUAUCUAGCUAUCUUCAAGUAAAGUAAUCACCUCAGGCUAUACCAAACGGAA